AUGUUCGCGUGUCUUUCUUAUUAUAAAAUGGAUCAUCAAAAUCAAGACAUCAAUCUUCCUACCGUUAAUCCUUGUUGUUCCCCGUCCAAUGAGAGCUCAACUAUAAUUGAUCAACAACCGAUAGUUAGUACAAAUAUCGAAAACGGAUAUCCCGUUCGACAAGAAAAUGGUCAAAGAAAAACUGGCCCACCACCAACUUGGCCUACAACAAAAUUACCACCGAGUCGUGGAUGUGAAGUAUUCGUUGGUAAAUUACCUCGUGAUUGUUUUGAAUCUGAAUUAUUUCCAAUCUUUGAACGAAUCGGACAAAUAUAUGAAAUGCGUUUAAUGAUGGAUUUCAGUGGAUUUAAUCGAGGUUAUGCAUUUAUAACAUUUACAGACCGAGAAGAUGCAAAACGUGCUGUUAAAGAAUUAAAUAACUUUGAAAUAAGAAAAGGAAGAUUAAUUGGAGUUUGUCAAUCAGUUGAUAAUUGUCGGUUAUUUGUGGGUGGAAUACCAAAAACUAAAAAGAAAGAAGAAAUAUUAGAUGAAAUGUGCAAAGUCACUGAUGGUGUUGUUGAUGUUAUUGUCUAUCCAAGUGCUCAUGAUAAAACAAAAAAUAGAGGUUUUGCAUUUGUUGAAUAUGAAAGUCAUCGUUCAGCUGCAAUGGCACGACGAAAAUUAUUACCGGGAAAAAUUCAAUUAUGGGGACAUCAAAUUGCGGUAGAUUGGGCUGAACCAGAAGCAGAAGUCGACGAAGAUGUUAUGGCAACAGUUCGUGUACUAUAUGUUCGAAAUCUGAUGAUGACAACAAGUGAAGAACAAAUAAAAGAUGUAUUUGAAAAAAUUAAAGAAGGUUCCGUCGAACGUGUUAAAAAAUUAAAAGAUUAUUGUUUUGUGCACUUUAAAGAACGAGACGAUGCUUUACAUGCAAUGCAUAUUAUGAAUGGUGCUGAUUUAGAUGGAUCCAUCGUUGAAAUAACAUUAGCUAAACCGGUUGAUAAAAAUCAAUAUUUUCGUUACACUCGUGGUGUUUCUCCAGCAACGUUAGCAGCGGCGACGUUUGGAUUAACUGGAACAACUCCGACAAUCGAUAUUGGACCUUAUACAGCUAUACCUUAUUUUGCAUCAGCAAUACCUGUAUCACCACCGAUGCAAGCACAAACAGCAGCAGCCAAUGCUGCAUUAACAGCAGCCGUUAACGCUAUGCAACAAAAAAAUAUUCGACGUUGUUUAAAUGCCACUGGUCGUAUGAUAUCUGCAAAUCCGUCAACUAUCACUGGAACAAAUAGUAGUAAUAGCACAACUUUGCUAACAAACGGUGUAAAUAGUCAAGUAACAACAUCUAGUCCAAGAACAUCGACGACAUUAAGACAAAAUUCGUCAUCGUCCUCAACACUACAACCACAUCGAGGAGCCUAUUAUGCUAUAUUAAGGCCAUCAUCGAGAAGAAAUCCAGCUGAUGAAAAAUGUCUUGAAGAUUUAUAUAAAGAGGCACAUGAUGCAUUAUAUUGUUCAUCUUCAUCAGCUGCUAAUUUGAAUGGUUGUGGCCAACAACAAUUAUCAGCCACAAUAUUACAAACCAUUCCUGAUACCGCCUCCAUGACAAAUGCAAAUGUUGCUGCUAGUACAUCUUCUUUUGUUGCCGCUAAUCCUACAAUUAUUUCACCAUCACCUAAUUCAGUGUACCCAUCAACUAUUGCUAUUGCAAGCAGUAGAUUAUGUAAUACCGACGAGACUGCUCAAUUUAUGCCAGUUGCUUUUCAUCCCUCAAUGUUUCAACAACAACCACAUCCAUCGCAACUUCCAUUAUUUCCAUCUCAACAACAUCAACAACAUCAAACUCAAAUUCUUUUACCGCAACAACAUGCACCACAACAAGUUAAUCUUCAUCAUCCACAACAUCAAUUACCAGCCGGUUUUACAUUUUCGGCACCAUUUCUUUUCGACCCAUCAGCGGUUCAUCCGGCACAAGUAGCACAUCAGAAUGGUUUAUUUAGUUAUGGUUAUUUAGCAUGA